ACCAUGGAGCCGUGUCUAAGAUUCAGAACAUUCCAUGUUAUUCAGACCAUCUCAACAAUUCUUGUAUUGGGAGUACUAAGUUUAAGAACCGCAGAAUGCAAACCAGCUAUGGUUUCCUUGCAGUACCGGGCAAUAAACUGUCGAAAGCACAGCGCGGUUUUGACGGAUUUUGGAGCGGUUGGCGAUGGAAAAACAUCAAACACCAAGGCUUUCAAGGCUGCAAUUCAGAGCCUGAGCAAGUAUGCAUCGGAUGGUGGGGCGCAGCUGAUUGUACCUCCCGGAAAAUGGUUAACUGGGAGCUUUAAUAUCACAAGCAGCCAUUUCACUCUUUUUCUCCAGAAGGGUGCUGUCAUUCUUGCAUCUCAGGAUGAGUCAGAAUGGCCUCAAAUUCCUCCACUGCCUUCUUAUGGGACAGGAAGGGAUGCACCUGGUGGACGGUUCAGUAGUCUUAUUUUUGGUACAAAUCUCACAGAUGUCGUAAUCACCGGCAACAAUGGCACGAUUGACGGCCAAGGUGCAACUUGGUGGAAGAAGUACCGUAGCGGCGGAUUCUUGAAUGUGACCCGACCAUACAUGAUUGAGCUUAUGCACUCUAAUCAAAUCCAGAUAUCUAAUCUUACACUAAUCAACUCUCCAUCGUGGUUUGUCCAUCCGAUAUAUAGCAGUAAUGUACUAAUCCAAUGGCUGACGAUUCUUGCGCCAAUUGACUCUCCUAACACUGAUGGGGUAGACCCAGAUUCAUGCACAAACACUCGUAUUGAGGACUGCUUUAUAGUAUCGGGGGAUGAUUGCAUUGCUGUGAAAAGUGGUUGGGAUCAAUAUGGAAUAAAAUAUGGAAUGCCCACAAAGCAGCUUGUCAUCAGAAGGCUUACUUGCAUUUCCCCUGAUAGUGCUACCAUUGCUCUAGGCAGUGAAAUGUCUGGUGGAAUUCAAGAUGUUAGAGCUGAAGACAUCACAGCCAUUGAAACACAGUCAGGUAUUAGAAUCAAGACAGCUAGGGGAAGAGGAGGUUAUGUGAAGGACAUCUACGCGAGAAGAAUGAACUUCAAGACAAUGAAGUAUGUUUUUUGGAUGUCAGGCGCUUAUAGUCAACACCCUGACGCUGGAUUCGAUCCAAAUGCCAUUCCACAUAUUGAAGGAAUUAAUUAUAGAGACGUGGUGGCGGAGAAUGUUACUUAUGCAGCAAGACUUGAUGGAAUCGAUAAUGAUCCUUUUACAGGAAUAUGCAUUUCUAAUGCGACUAUUACUUUGACUGCCAAGCCAAAGGAAUUGCAAUGGAACUGCACUAAUAUUGCAGGGGUGACAAGCAAUGUGACUCCUCAGCCAUGUAGUUUGUUGCCCGUGAAAAAAAGUGUUAUUUGUCCCUUCCCCGUGAAUCGAUUGCCCAUUGAUGAUAUUCAGUUGAAGACUUGUUCUACUACUGGUGCCUAAUGCCUGUGUAAGAGUACUGUAAUGUACUUGGAACUUUGUGUUUCAAAUAAUUCGGUUCUCUAAAAAAUGGAACCAAUUUUUGUUCUUCUUUUAGUGAUGUUCCUUUUUCUACAACCAAGCUAGAGAAAGGGAAAUGUUUAAGUU